AAGUUAUAUAAGCGCGUUUUCUCAACCUGAAUGGUACAAUUUGUUGAGAUCGUUGUUAGAAUGUGGACUAAAAUGUAUAUAUUUCUAAAAAUAAUAUUUUUGUGUGUGAUAAUACAGUGUAAUGUGACACAUGCCAAAAGGAUAUUGGUUAUAUCAAAUUAUCCAUCAUACAGUCAUCAAAUUACUUAUCGUGGUUUAUGGCUAGAAUUGCACAAACUAGGUCACGAAAUUGUGUCAGUAACCACACACCCUAUGAACAACUUUACCUUAACUAAUUAUACAGAAAUUGAUUUAAAAUACUUUUAUGACAUUUAUCGAUUUCCUGAAUUUAAAACGCUACCGUAUCUUAGCAUGACCAAGGCGAGCCUUGAUUUACCACUUCUAGAAUUCGAACGAACAUGUGUAUGGGCUGCAUUACAUGUUUACAAUCGCGCGGUUUUUAAAAAUCCAGAGAUGAAAAAGUUAUAUGCAGCUAACAGCAAAGAACAUUUUGAUGCAGUUAUUGUAGCGCAAGGCCCCACAAUUUCGUUGAAUGCUUUCGCGUACAGAUUUAACGCUCCUCUGAUAGGUAUUUCAAGUUUGGACGUAUUCAAUAUUUUACGCUAUACGCUUGGAUCCUUGAUACUCCCAUCGCAUAUUUCCAAUUGGCAAACUAAUACGCCACUUGAAGAUAACAUGUCAUUUUGGAGAAGACUCGUCAACUUUUAUGAAGUAUGGAAUCAGAUAUAUUCCUGGACGAAUGAGCAUGUUGCCAUAGAAGAUGCAAUAGCAAAAGAAUUUUUAGGAGAAGAUCUACCGCAUAUCAAUGAUAUAACAAAAAAUAUGAGCAUUUAUCUUGUAAAUAGACAUCCAGCACUUCUACAUAGCAGGCCCGAACAACCAAAUGUCAUAUUUUACCAUGGUUUUCAUAUUGCAAAAGUACUGGAUCCUCUGCCAAAAAAUAUACAAGAAUUCCUUGAUGACGCGAAAGAAGGAUUUAUUUAUGUCAGUCUUGGAACCAUGGUUAAAUGGGAGGAUCUACCAAACAAUACACUUGAAUCUUUUAUUGAAGCAUUCUCUGUUUUACCGUACAAAGUUGUUUGGAAAUUUGACCCCGAUUUGUUACCUAGGAAAUAUAAAAAUAUUCUAGCGUUGAACUGGGUCUCCCAACAAAGCAUUCUCGCUCAUCCAAAUAUCAAGCUAUUUAUUUACCAAGGCGGUCUUCAAAGUACUGAAGAAGCUCUUUAUUACGGGGUUCCACUCAUAGGAUUUCCCAUUCUUUGGGAUCAAGUAUAUCAAGUGCGAAAUAUAGUUAAACUGGGUAUCGGAAUUCAUCUUCAAAUUGAUAAUCUUUCGAAAGAAAUUAUUGUAGCCGCUGUACAUGAAGUUACAAACACCAAAAGGUACAAAGAUCAAAUAAAGUAUGUAAGUAGACUUUAUAGGGAUACACCGUAUAACAGUCUUCAAAAUGCAGUACGGUGGAUUGAAUACGUUAUACGUCAAAAUGGGACGCCUUUCUUACGGGACAGUCUUGGUGAUAAGCCAUGGUAUCAACGGCAUGACUGGGACAUCAUUGCAUUUCUUGUCAUAGUACUAUUUAUUGCAUUUCUUGUUUCUAUAUGGGCAUUAUUUCAGAUUUUACAAUUUCAUUUACGAAUAAUAUCAAAACACUCUCUGUGGUAGUUUUCAUCAUUAAAGUAUAUUAAUAUUAUUGUAACUAUAAAGUUGUAUUAAUACAACAUGUGUACAUCUUAUACUUUCUUGAAAGUUCUUGUCUUUAUGUAUAGUUUCUAAGAGCAUCUUGUAUAAUUUUCAAAUAAAAGUCACUGAAACAA